GGAUCAAAAAUCAAAGAAUUGCGAGCAAAAACUGGAACUUACAUAAAAACUCCUGUGAAAGGCGAGCCUCCAAUUUUCAUCAUAACUGGAAGAAAAGAAGGAAUAGAAAUGGCUAAAAAGGAAAUUUUAGCAAUUUCCGAUUAUUUCAACCAAAUCCGAAAUAGUAGGUUGGGAAAUACUGGAUCUAACAAAUCCAGUGAAGAGGUGCACAUUCGAGUUUCAGUACCUUAUGAUGUUGUUGGAUUAUUAGUUGGACCUAAAGGUAACACCAUAAAAAAAAUUCAACAGGAAACUCAGACCUACAUUGUGACACCUAAUCGAGAUCACAAACCUAUUUUUCAAAUAUCUGGAUCAGUUGAAAAUGUUGAAAAGGCUAAGAAUGCGAUAAAGUCUUAUGUUUGGCAAAGGACUGGC